CCGAAGUACCCUCUCCUCCGCGAACGGCCAUCACCACCUACCAGUAAGGUACUACAACAACAAAAUGGCCGAGAAAAUAUCCGGCCUCGUCAUCUUCCUCUGCGUCUUCGCCUCCAUGGGGGGCUUCAUCUUCGGUUACGAUACCGGUGAGAUCUCCGGUCUCACCCAAAUGCCCGAUUUCCAGCGUCGUUUCGGACAACUACAACCAGACGGCACCUACGCCUUCUCCAACGUUCGAGAGGGAUUAAUCGUCGCGCUUUUAUCGAUCGGGACGUUAUGUGGGUGUCUCCUCGGUGCUCCGGUCGGUGAUCGACUCGGUCGCAAGCCUGGACUCCAGAUUGGUUGCUUGUUUUUUAUUGUCGGUACGAUUGUACAGGUUUCUGCUGUGUGGGCGUGGUACCAAGUCAUGAUUGGUCGCUACAUCGCUGGGUUGGGGGUGGGUAUGCUGAGCACACUCGUACCCAUUUAUCAAUCUGAGGCCGCACCGAAGAGUAUCCGUGGAACGCUGGUUUCGACAUACCAACUCUUCAUCACAUUCGGAAUCUUCACCGCGUAUCUUAUCAACUACGGCACCUCCCACGCCUCCAACACCUCCACCGCACAAUGGCGCGUCACGAUCGGUAUCGGGUUCCUCUGGGCUCUCAUCCUCGGUAUCGGGAUGUUCUUCCUCCCCGAAUCACCUCGAUUCCUCCUUAACAAUGGAGAAGAAGAGCGGUGUCGUCGAACACUCGCCCGGCUCCGUAAGUGUCCGAUCGAUGAUCCAACAGUCAACGUCGACAUCAAAGAAAUCGAACUCAAAAUCGAAGCCGAACGCGCUUUCGGCCCACAAAACUGGUUAUCAUGCUUCAAGGGCCCAAAAGCCGCAUACCGCACCUUCCUCGGCAUGGGAAUCCAAGCACUCCAACAACUCACCGGCGCAAACUUCUUCUUCUAUUACGGUACCUCCAUCUUCUCCGCGACCGGUGUGCAGAAUCCGUUCGUUACGUCAAUUAUUCUGGGUGCCGUGAACUUCGGGUGUACGUUUUUGGGACUGUAUCUGGUUGAACGGUUUGGGAGGCGGAAGCCGUUGAUGAUGGGUGCGGCGUGGAUGUUUAUGUGUUUCCUCGUUUUUGCGUUCGUGGGGUAUUACGCACUCGAUAACGCUGACGGCACCCAGAACUCUCAAGCCGGUGCCGCGAUGAUCGUUUUCGCCUGCCUCUUCAUCCUCGCGUUCGCGUCGACGUGGGGGUGUAUGGCAUGGGUCGUCGUAGCCGAGAUGUUCCCAUCCCGAAUCCGUGCGAAAUCAAUCGCACUCGCCACAGCCUCAAACUGGACCUGGAACUUCCUCAUUUCAUUUUUCACGCCAUUCAUUAUUGGGAGUAUUGGGUUUCGGUAUGGAUUCGUGUUUGCGGCGUGUUGUUUUGCGGCGAUACCGGUUGUUUAUUUCUUUUUGUAUGAGACCAAGGGGUUGACGCUCGAGCAGGUUGAUGAGAUGUAUUGUGAUCCGGAGGUUAAGCCGUGGACUUCGUCGACCACAAUCCUGGAGCGUGGAGGACGACGAUGA